UCCAAGCUCUUUUCCUUACUUCUUUGGGAAAGAUGCCCUUUUUACUUUCCUGCUUCACAUCAUCACAAAGAACAACAGUAAUAAUGGGGUUCACCUUGCAAGGCUCUCCUCCACUUGCAUUCACAUCACCCGGUUCCUCUUUCUUCACAGAGCGAUCGGCCAAUGUGACACUAAGCCUCGUAGUCUUUAGUUCACCUAUGUCUAGCCUCUUAAAAAGCUUAAAUAACAUCAUAUUUAUGCUCGCCACUAAGUCCUCCAAGGAAUUUUCUAUGUGAUGAGAACCGAUGCAAAGAGUUAUAGGGAAACUACCUGGAUCGGGUUUCUUCUUGGGCAACCUGUUGAGGAUGAAGGCUGAGAACUCUUCGCCUAGGGUGACAUUGGCGAGGUCUUUGAACUUCGGCUUCUUGGAGAGAAGCCCCUUGAGGUAUCUUGAAUACCUUGGCAUGUGGGCCAUUGCUUCAAGGAAGAGAAUGUUGAGGUGGAGCUUUCGGAGCAUCUACAUGAAACCUCCACAUUCCUCUUCCAAUCUUGAAUACCUUGCUAUAAUGUUGUUUCCUCUAGCAUUGGCAAUGAAACUCACUUACUCCUUGAGGGUACUUGUCUCCUUCAUCGCUUGGCAAUCCGCAAUUUCAUGAUUAGUGCUUGAACACCAAUCACAAGACAUCACCGCUCUCUUCCCUUGCUUAUUGUCCUCAAGGAUCACCUCGAUCAACUUGUCAAGCUUCCUAUCAAGUGGAGCACAUGCUCCCACACUUCGCACUCCUCUUUUGGUGCUUCUCUUCCCACUUCUUGUCAAGCCCCAAUCCUUUAAGAGCCAUAUCUUCGAGCAAAUCGUCCAUUUGAGGAGGGUUCAUGUUCAUCAACUUCCAUUGGCAAAGAGAGUCGAUGAGAAUUUUUCAUCUUAAAUGAGUCUUCCAUAGAAUGUUUCUAUACAAAAUUUCUCCUCGAAUCCAUGACGAGGGCAUUGGAGGAAGUAGUCGGAGAAUCUUUCCCAUGCAUCCCUCAAUGUCUCAUACUCCUCUUUCUCAAAGUGAGUGAUCUUCUUUCUCCACUCGGCCGUCUUGGAAGAAGGACAAUAUCGGGUCAUGAACUUAUUGAGUAAAUCGUCCCAAGUGGUGAUGGAUAGAGCCAGACGGCUGUUGAGCCAUCAGAGUGCCUUCCCCUCCAAAGAAUAAGGGAAAAGCCUCAAUCGCAAUGCCUCCUCGGGGAUGCCAUUUAUCUUCAAGCUUCUCGCUAGCUCAAGAACCUUUGGACAUGCUCUCGUGGUGAUUCAUUGGAAAGCCCAUGAAAGUAGGCAUUGUUUUGAAUCAUCGUCACAAGAGUGGGCUUGAUUUCAAAGUUGUUGGCGGCCACGGGUAGAUUUAAGAUACGAAUUGGAUAUCCGACGCCCAUGGAGCCAUAAAUAUCCCAUAGUCCUUGGCUCUUCCUCGGCUCCCGCUUCCACAUUUGGGUUUGGAAGCGGAUUAGCCCCUCAGUGUUGAUUCCUCGCCAUCUCAACUUCAACUUCUCCUUCAAUUCCUUCAAACCUGGGACCAACUUGUUGUCCCCUCUUCACUUCUCCUUCUUGCCUCCACUUGUUCCCUCUCUCGAUCUAAAAGUCGGAGAUUUCGGUUGAUGUCCUCGUCCAGUAAUGUUAAAGGCGCCAGAUUGCUCCAGGUCAUGCACCUCCCUACACACACUUAAACUCUUAAAGAACACAACACGUCUAGCACAAACAAACUUCACUCUUAACAACACUGACAAUAAAAGCUAGAUUAACACCAAACACACUUUUCAGGAUAACGAACCAAAGGUCCCCGACAACGGCGCCAAAAACUUAACUCGAUCUGACUAUCACAAUAAAAGUCCACCUAAGGCCCAAGUAUAAACCUUAGAUGGGUGCGAUAUAGGUCAAGUAUGUUUAAAUAUCGACUCGGGUCGGCCCAUGUACCGCUACUUCGAUUGUUUGAAACAUUAUCUAGCAGAUAGUUUUGGUUAAAACUAAGAUCUAAAACUAAAGUACUUUUCAAAGAUGAAAUGGUUUUGAAACUAAUUGAGAAGGCUUCACCCGGGUGUUGCUCCCCCUACCUAAAAAUUACGACUUGAAGGAUCGAAUGACCGUGUGUGGUAGGGGGGGGGGGGGUUAUAUAAACCGCAGGGAAGUCUAACAAGUAGCCAAAGCUACCCUCUUAGUCUCUAGGUCGAGGAAAUGGGAUAUGAUACAAACCGCUAAUUCGACCCUCUCAACCUUGAAUUGGAGUUCACCUUCGAAUUGGAGUUCGGACGACCACCCACAACCAAAUGCUAAGGGCUAAUACGAAAUAGGAGGUUUGCCCUGCGUUAACCUAACUAGGAGACAACGAAUUGCCCACGAAAACCAAACAUUCAAGACUCUUUCAAAUAAAGGAAGGGGGUUUUCUCUCUAUCUAGGUUAGAAUGACAAUUAGAUUGAUAGGCUUUCACACAACACGACACAAUCAUUCAUGAAUAAUACCUCCACAUUCACAUUAAAUACACCACACACAAAUCAUUCAAAUCAUACAAGCUUUCACAUAAUUGUAGCUAGGGUUUACAAACACCCAAGUGAAAGAAGGGACUACUCCAUGCUAGGAGAAGGGAAAACACAAGGGAGAAGAAAGAAAACCAUAAAAAAGAUGCUAGCCUUGCUCCUUGUGUUGAAGAGAUCCUCCGUUGGGGAAGGAAUUCUCGAAUCCUUGCUUGGAGACGAAACCCUAGCUUCUCCUCUUCUUUGGUUCGUCACUUUCUUACUCUAAAAAUCUGAAGAAGAAGUUUCUCACACUAGACCUCCCCCUUUCUUUUUCCUUUCAACUAGCUCUUUAUAUGAGAUGGUGCCCAUUUCACGACCCAAGUUCACGGCCGUGAACAUCAAAACGUGUCCGUGAACACAGUGUGCUGAACCAAAACGCACCGCUUCACUUCUUGGGUUCGGUUUGUGGUUGCAGUUCACGGUCUUAGCGAGUGUGAACGACCUUGGCGUCAGUAACCUCAAAAACCCCCUGGACGCUUUUAGAUUCACGGUUUGUGGUCCCAGUUCACGGUCCGGGAGGCUGUGAACUCCAAUGGCAGACCGUGAACACAAGCUGUUUCCUCCUCUUUGCCCGGUCUUUGCUCCUUUUCUUCCAACUUUCGAAUUCGAGGUUGGUUUCACCUGUUAGGAUCUGAAACACACUGAAACACAAGAAACCUAGCAUAAAACCACCCCUUUUGGAGCUCAAUUGCAACAAACGCAAAAUAUAAACGUGGAUAAAAAGUGUACUAUUAGACCCGAAUCACAUUGCAACAUUAAAUUGUUCAAAAUCUCAAAAUCCUAGGCCACCGUCAAACUUGCUGUGACAGAGCGUCUUCCAGAACGUCCAAUGAAAGCCAUCAUCAUGGUCUUGAUCAGCCCGCCAAAACUUGGAAACAUAGCCAUUCAAUCGCCCGCAAGUGGAGAGUGGUAAAAGAAAGCAAGACAUAGCAAAUAAUGGGAGAGCAACCCACACAGAUUUUACCAGAAUCUCAUUACCUUUAAAUUAUAAAAUAAUUUUUUUAUUUCCUGUCCAAAUUUUCUGUCGCCGGUCACCAGAAUUUUGUCUGUGGAAUAUGCUAUUGUCGCCGGAAUAUGUUAACAAUCGCCGAAAUCCUCUUAUCGUGGCCGAAAUAUGCUCAACGUCUCCAGAAUAUGCGCACUAUAGACGAAAUCAGAUCACCAUGGUAGAAAUAUGCUUAUCGACGUCGAAAUCUAGUCAUCGGGGCCGGAAUAUACUUAUUAGUGCCGGAAUCCGGUCACCGAAUGUCAUCAAAGCUUGGUUAAAAGUCUUCGUUGACCAGUCAGUGAUCAACGAUCACUGAAUAUUGUGGUAUGCAAAGUGAGAUUCAUGGUUUGGUUUCUCGUGAUUUUGGUACGCCUUUUGUGGUGUGCUUUAUCGUGUUUGUGGUUUGAAUUAAGAAGUUUCUGGUGUGCUUUCGGAAAUUUUGUAGUUUGCUUUGUGAGGUUUCUAGCUUGUUUUAAUAUAUUUGUGAUAUGUAUUACGACAUUUCUGGUUUGCUUUACGGUGUAUGUGGUUUGCAUCAGGAGGUUUUUGGUGUGCUUUUCGAAAUAUUUGUGGUAUAUGAUUUGUGGGAUUUCUGGUAUAGUUUAGGAGACUUGUGGUGUGCAUUAGGAGAUUUUUUGUAUGCCUUUUGUGGUAUGCUUUAUCGUGUUUGUGGUUUGCAUUAUUAAGUUUUUUGUGUGCUUUCGAAAAUUAUGGGGUUUGCUUAGUGGGGUUUCUGGUAUGUUUUAAUAGAUUUGUGGUAUGUAU